AUGGCUUCCGUCCCGAGUGUGCAAUGCUUCGGCAAGAAGAAGACGGCCACUGCUGUCGCCCACUGCAAGCAAGGCAAGGGUCUCAUCAAGGUCAACGGCCAGCCUCUCGGCCUGGUCCAGCCUGAGAUCCUCCGCUUCAAGGUCUACGAGCCUCUCCUGAUCGUCGGCGCUGACAAGUUCGCCGGUGUCGACAUCCGUGUCCGUGUCUCCGGUGGUGGUCACACCUCCCAGAUCUACGCCAUCCGCCAGGCCAUCGCCAAGUCCAUCGUCGCCUACUACCAGAAGUACGUCGAUGAGCACUCCAAGAACCAGCUCAAGCAGGCUUUUGUUCAGUACGACCGCACACUGCUCGUCGCCGACAACCGUCGUACGGAGCCCAAGAAGUUCGGUGGUCGCGGUGCCCGUGCCAGGUACCAGAAAUCCUACCGUUAA